AUGGGCUGGCGAAGGUUACCGAGGCUCCUCACAGUGACCCACUGUCGACACUUUGCCAAAGCGGCGAAAGAGGUGGAGAACCUCUAUUCCAUUCUGGGCUUGCAGAAAGGUGCUAGCCCAGAGCAGAUUAAGGCGGCCUACCGGCGCUUGGCCAAGGAGUAUCACCCAGAUUCCUUGGGGCAUCAAGAUCCGGAUGCUGCCCAGCGCUUUCAAGAGAUCAGCCAUGCGCACAACACCUUGCUCCACGUUGGCAUGCGGCGCAUGUACGACUUGCAGCUGAGGCGAAAAGAGGCGCAGGAGCGCUGUGAACGGCUCGAACGACAGGAGCCCUUGUGGUCCAAGCUGAUGCUCGGUCCAUUGGGUCCAACCUUGGUCGGUGCCAUGUCAGCUCUGGCCUGCGGCGUGGCCCUACUCCUGGGAACCAUGGGGGCACAGGCCUUGUGGGAGUCCUCCGAAAGCCUCUUUUGGUCCGUCUUCCGGUGUCUUCCAGAUUGGUUCCCUUUCAAGUGGAAGCUGGCCAUGGUGAUGCGACUGGGCCUCCAAUGGAUCCUCCUGUUGGAGUUACCCAGGCAAAGCCUCGGAGUGGAGUCGGACAGCAGUGAUUGGGCUCGACAGAUCCUGUCGGCGCAGAGAGGGGCAAAGCUUCCCACUGCGCAGGUGCAAAGUGGGUCGCGCCUAGCACGGAUUCAUGCGCGCCGGAGUGCCCUCGCAGCCGAGGACGCGGAGCGGGCGGCCAAGGAGGCGGUCAGCCUCUCGCAGCAGGCUGCGCUGUGGCUUCGCCCGGAUCACUCGGGCGAUGCCUGGAUCCGCCGGGGCCGUGAUGAUCUCACGGCCAACCUCGCCACCGUCGCUGUGGAGUCCAAGGACGCCGCGGCGGCGCACCGCGCCUUGGCGUCCGCGCGGCGGGCGAAGGAGGCCGUGGUGCGUGCUCGGGCUGUCGCCGCCGCAGCCUCCCAGGUUUUCAGAGACGAUGGUGUUCCGCAGGCAGAGACCACUCCGAAAAGCGAAGCGGCGAUCAUCAAGGUGAGCGCAACAACCACCUCGAAGGCAGCAGCCACUUCUAGCGUGCAGACACCUGCGGAGAAGAAAGAAGAAGACAUGUACAAAGGUGAACGCAUGGCCGCACAGACGGCGGGCUUGUGCGUGCUCAGCAUUUGUAUCGCGCUGGUCUGGUUCCAGAGCAAUAUGGUGGACAUCUCUCACCGCCGUGGCAAGAACGAAGAUGACGAGGUGUCAAUCCUGGACCGCUGCGGGGUACUUUGCUGCUGUUGCCGGCGAGUGGGUUGCUGUGCACGUUGCUGUGUGCAACUUUUCAAGCUUUUGGGCAGCUGCAGCUGUUCGACGAUCACUUUAAUGGGGCUCUUGGUCUUCCUUUUAGGCUAUGGCUUUAAGCAUCUUUGGGACCAGCAUUUGAUUCAGCCACACUUGGAGGAAGCGACCAUUUACUUGUUCUUUGCCACCAUUGCCUUUGUCAUCAUCCUGCUGCUGGUUGGAUCUUUUGUCAUGUGGCUUCGAGAGAAGGUGGGAUUCCUGCACAGCGGCGUCUCCUUUGUGCAUGACAAGAUGGACGUCUUCAUGGAGUUUCUGGGCUUUGACUCCUCGGAUGAGGACGACAGCGACCAGAGCAUUUGGUCUGACCCGCAUGCGUACAACCAGCGCAACAGGCCAAGGCUGGCUCCCAAAAGAACCCGCGCGGAGAACCCUGCGAAGGAAGCGCACAGAGGUCAUGCCAGAGCCUCUAGAGGCUCUUUCUUGUGGGGUACAAUCUUCGGCAAGGCCAAGAAAAAGCUGCAGAGACCACGCGAUGUGAGAGAGAUGCCAGUUUGA